ACGAACUGGUGAAUUUCCUUUGCAGAAAAUCACCUCUUCUUCCAGCUGGUGCAGAGGAGGACGCCGUAUAUGAAGUCAUUUCUUGAGACCAGUGACUGCACUCAUGUGCUUUUGUUCAUGUAGCUUAUUGGCUAGAGUUAGUGAGAUAGUGCCCUUUAAUAAUAGUGUAUACAGUGGUCAAAUUCUACUGUUACAAUUAUGUGCAAUUGACCAGAUCAAAAAGGUGGCAUAAAAUAGACAAAGUAUUAUAUGGAUUUUGUGUUCAAAGUUAAUGUCCCGAAAAGAAAGACCGUUGUAUGUGUCUUAGCUGU